AUGCCGUCGCAAAAGAGCCACCUGCUCGAGCUUCCCGAGGAGAUGCGCCUCGAGAUCUACGAAUAUCUCGUCAAGCCUGCUGAAAUUCGCAUCCUGUCCACUGGGGGAAUAUUCUACAAGGAGCCCAGCGACAACGAGCUGCAUUUGGCUGUCUUACAGACCUGCCGAAUUAUCUGGGAAGAAGCAUCGCCGCUCUUGAGCAGCCCAUCGUUGCUGAGCCUCCAGCCAACUGCAGGGCCUUUUUUCCUCCACCCUCGUCCACCUUCGAUUGGUGCUCUCAAAAGCCUGUUCCGGCGUGAAGCCAAGCCUUUCAGCUUCCUCGCCGGCUACCUAAAGAAGGAUCUUCGCUUGAAGUCCUUGAAACUGGUUGUGGAAGAUUACCUGACGGCCGAACACAACAAGAAGCUGGACUACAUCGCAGGCCACGAUGAGGAAGAUGCCGCUGCGCUCGAAGAACAAAAGUGGAUGAUUGACGUGUGGAGCUGGCUACGUCCAUCUCAGACUUUCAGCUUCGUGCUCGAGAUCGAACGUUGCCAGUAUGUUGCUGGCAAAGGAGGCUGGGACAACUCUAAGGGAGAGGCGGUCUGGACUGAAGAGCGAGUGGAAAUGAUUGAACAGGACAAGUGGUACGAUGAAGACCGCCAUCGCGCCAUCGUAAACACAAUCAAGAAGGCAUUCCCGGUCCCGUGA